UCCCUUGGUGGAUGACGUCUUUUCUCUUUUCUUUUCUUCCCUUCCCUUCUCUUCUUUCUAUAAAGCAAAGCAACCGCAUUUGCCUCUCCAGAAAGAAAGAAAUUUCCUCUAAGCUUCCCACUGUCAAAACCUCCUUCACAGACCUUUGUUUUAUAGUACCCUUCCUUCCCUUGCACCAAACCAACUUCUUUGUCAAAGAAAAAGAGAAGAACCCAAGAAGAAAAAAGAAAGCUUUUGAUCAGAGGGGAGAUGAGUUAUUACGAUCAGCACCAGCCGCCAGUUAGUGUUCCUCCACAGCAAGGGUAUUCAAAGGAUGCUUAUCCACCACCUGGAUACCCUGUUCAGGGAUAUCCACAAGGGUAUCCUCCUCAAGGGUAUGCUCCACAGUAUGCUGCUCCUCCUCCUAGGCAAGAAACUGGUUUCCUUGAAGGAUGCUUAGCAGCACUCUGUUGCUGUUGCCUCUUGGAUGCUUGCUUCUGAUCAGGACUUAAAAGGAGUGUUGUGGUCAUUUGUUCAUUAAUUCCUCUGGUUUAGGUCAUGACAUUGUCUAUCGUUGUCGGUGAUUGUUUCAAACUCGCUUUGGAGCUGGCUACCGUGACAUGUUCGUGGAUGAUUUCGUGGAGUAACUAUAACGUUGUGAUUUGUCUUUUGGUAGAAAAACUUGUUAUUUGAUCAAAUAGAAGACGGAUCAUCUUUAAUUUGUACCCCAUUUCACA